AUGGGAGCAAGUAAUAGUCAAUUUUCUGAAGAAGAAUUACAAGAUUAUCAGGAUCUGACAUAUUUUACGAAAAAGGAAGUUUUAUAUGCUCAUCAAAAAUUCAAGGCUCUUGCACCGGAAAAAGUUGGUCACAAUAGAAACGCGAAGUUACCUAUGUCAAAAAUUCUCAGAUAUUCUGAAUUACGUGUAAAUCCAUUUGGCGACCGAAUUUGUAAAGUUUUCAGCUCAAGCCAAGAUGGCGAUUGCACUUUUGAAGAUUUUUUAGAUAUGAUGUCAGUAUUUAGUGAUGCUGCUCCAAAAGCAGUCAAAGCAGAGCAUGCCUUUCGUAUUUUUGACUUUGAUGGAGAUGAUAUGCUAGGAAUGGGUGAUUUACGACAAGUAAUUGAUAGAUUAACAGCUCCACAAAGAUUGAGUGAAAAUGACAUGCAGCGUCUGCUUCAAUAUCUAUUAGAUGAAGCUGAUCUUGACGAUGAUGGUGCUUUAAGCUUUGCUGAAUUUGAACACAUCAUUGAAAAAAGCAGUGAUUUUUCGAAGUAAAUUUUAUUAUUUAUAUUUUA